AUGUACUUUCUCGUCUCAGACGAGGAAUCUGCACAAACGCCCUCUCGGAAGGAUGAGAUCGACGAGACGCAAGAGUUUAACGCGCGCUUGUUCGGGUGCGAAUUCGUUCGAAGAUGCGGUCGCAUGUUGAAACUCAAUCAAUCUUGCAUCGCGACUGGUCAAGUGUUGUUGCACAGAUUUUACUUCAAGAAGUCUCUGAAGAAAUUUGACGUCAAGCGCAUGGCAGCAACGUCCAUAUGGUUAGCCUCGAAGCUCGAGGAGUCUCCUAGAAAACUCAGGGACGUUGUAAAUGUGCUCGUUCGAGUGGAAGAACGAAUGGAAGGGAAGAAGAGUUCAGAAACCGUCGUAUUGGACGUGUAUUCAGAUCGAUUCGAGGAUAUUAAAGAAGAUUUGGUACGAAAAGAAAGGCACAUGCUCAAAGAGUUUGGGUUUGUGAUCAAAAUUGAACAUCCGCAUAAGUUUGUGUUGAACUAUUUGCAAAUAUUAUCCUUGGCCGAGAAUAAACAGUUGACGCAGAAAGCGCUGAAUCAUACGAACGACGCGUUGCACACGACCAUAUGCGUUCGGUUCAACUCGGAAACGAUUGCAUGCGCUAGCAUAUAUUUAGCAGCUAGAGAAAUGAACGUCGCGUUACCGGAGAAUCCUCAUCAGUGGUGGUUAUUAUUCGAUGUUGUUCUAGAGGACAUCGAGUGCGUGUGCGACUCGUUGGAAAUUUUAUAUAAAUACAUAUACAUAGAAUAUCCACCAAAGUACGAGCUGUUAGGGGAGCUUCCUCCGGGUGACUUCGAGCAACCAAAAGGCGACGGAGGAAAAAGGAAAAGGUAG